AAGACAUCUGCAGAAAAUGUUGCGUACUCUAUUGCUUUGCUGUUGGGCAGCCCUUGCUUUAGCCCAAGAUUCGCGGAUCAUCAAUGGCGACAUCAUCGACAUUGCUCAUGCACCCUACAUCAUGCAGCUGAGAACCCCCAGGGAUAUAACGGUGUGUGGUGGCACUUUGAUAGCGCCACGCUAUGUUGUAACUGCCGCUCAUUGUAUGGACAAAAUGAAACCGGAAGAUUUCCUAGUGGUGGGUGGUGCCAGUACCGUCGAUGAGCCGGGAGUGAAGCGCAAAGUUGUCAAGGGAUUCAUACAUCCCGGCUAUCGCAUGCUGAACAAAGAUCGUGAUGUAGCUGUACUCAAAUUGGAUGGAGAUAUGGUGGGAAAGAAUAUUCGCACAAUACCCCUCUGUUCGGAGGCUUUGCAGCCGGGCAAUAUGAUACAAGUUUCCGGUUGGGGUCGCACCCAGGAGAAUGGUUAUUCAUCGGAUGAGUUGCGUACCAUUUUUAUGCCCAUCAUUGAGAAGCAGGAGUGCUUGAAGAAGUACAAGAAGGUAUCGGUGAAAAUCAGCGACUCUGUUGUCUGUGCCUACGAUGGCGGUAAUAAGGAUUCGUGUCGUGGUGACUCGGGUGGUCCUGGUGUCUAUGGUGGUGAAUUGUGUGCUGUGGUUUCAUGGGGCAUGGGUUGCGGCCGUGUUGAAUAUCCUGGUCUCUACACCAGCAUUGAUGUUGUGCGUGAUUUUAUCGAGGAGAGUAUGAGGGAGUAGCUUGUGAAAUUUUCGGAAAU